AUGCCUCCAAAACCCGAGUCCAAGUCCAAGAGGCCGCCCCGCUGGCCAGACCACCUCCAGUAUCUCUCAGAGCCUAGAUACCAUUCGUCUGUCCCCACCGCUGUCCGUGCGAUUAUCUGUCCAAAUCCUGCGGGACACGCCCGACCACCGGUGCAUGCCCACAAGCCCCCUGUUGCGACCCAGUUCAUCUCAGAUCCCUCUCACCCCGCUCACGGCCAGUUUGGCCUCUUCGCUACCAAAAAGUUGCCGCCGCGCACACUCAUCCUGGAUUAUAUCGGCGAAGUGCACUGCGAUGACCGGCCCGACUCCGAUUAUGAUUUAUCCCUGUUCCGCACGGGCACUCCUGACCAUAUCAGCGUAGGCGUGGAUGCGCAGCAUGCUGGUAACGAAGCUAGAUUCAUCAAUGACUACCGUGGGGUCAAGGCGAGGCCAAACGCCCUCUUCCAGGAGCGGCGGACCGAGGGUGGUGAGCUCCGAAUGAGUGUAUGGAGCGGGAGCGAGGCCAUCAAAAAGGGGGACGAACUCUUAGUGUCGUAUGGCAAAUCCUGGUGGCGAGCUCGGCGUGUAGAAGAUCGCGGCCUAGAUUGUCAGCGCAGUCCAAUGGAAGAAAGAGCUCCUCGCAGGUGAGCAUCACAUUAUACGGCAACAGUUGAUCGGAAGACGGCUACUCUGAGGCGUCAGAAUGCAGUAGGACCAUUCCGGGGUCCAUCAGUUUCCGAAGGUGGCUAAGUCCUAUGAUCUCUCCCACCAAUCGCGACAUGCACUGCAAGAGGACCAAAGCAGACACGACAUACAGUAUGCUAUGACCAAAUCGGCCUCUUCCACGAUCGGGUUCAGUUACGUACAACCAGUGUAUUGAAUGCCCGACAGAAUCCAUCCCUCAUCCGCAUGUU